AUGAGAGUCCUGCUCUUGAGCCUGUUGUCAUUGGCAGCAUCCACCGGCUGGGAGAAGGCUUGUUACAUCCGGCGGCCAAAGGAUUGCCCCGUCACCGCUGUCCUGGACAACUCUGUUCAGGGCUUGCGCUUUGAUGGCCAUGGCGCUGUGUCCGGAAGAGGCACCUCCAGAUAUUUGUACGACUAUGCUGAAGCAAUGAGAUCGGAGAUCCUUGAUUUGCUGUUUGCUCCAAAUUACGCCGCAUCCAUCCAGGUGCUGAAAGUGGAGAUUGGAGGAGAUGCACAGACUGGGUUCGGAGUUGAGCCCAGCCAUCGACGAAUUUCGAACGAAACCAGCUGCGAGCGCGUGAGGACCUUCUGGCUGAUCCGAGAGGCCAGACAGCGCAAUCCAGAUUUGGUGGUGCUGGCUUCUGCGUGGGCCUUUCCUGCGUGGGUGGGCGUCGAGAACGCGUCCCAGACCAGCUUCUACAACGAUGACGCCAUUGACUACAUUCUGAGUUGGAUCCGCUGUGCCAAUGAGACCGGCGCCGGCCACAUCGACUACAUCGGCAGUCGGCCCCGGAGGGUCACCAUGGACCUACUCGGCCGGAGUGAAGCCCAUGAGUCUCCACCUUUGACAUGGACGGUGGCCUUGCAAAACGCCUUAGUAGCUGCCGAGCUCCCUACUCGGCUUGUCCUUCCAGAUGCAGAGUAUGACCCUGAAAUGGCAGAGAUGCUGCAAUCAGAGCCUCAACUGGCUGCGGCACUUUCCGGAGGAGCCUUUGGCUUGCACUAUCCCUGCUUCAUCCCGAUGCCUUCCCUUGAAGAGCAUGGCCUGGCAAUGUGGAGCACGGAAGACGGCGGAAUGCCAGCUGAUUGGCCCGGAGCCGCCUGUGCGGGGCGGACGGUGAAUACGAACUUGGUGCGGAUGAACGUGACUAGCACCUUGCUUCGCUCCCUGGUUUGGGCAGUGCAUCCUGCCAUCCCCGGGCAUCAAAAUGGCCUCAUUUCCGCGGCAGAGCCUUGGUCGGGCGUGUAUUCGAUCCAGGAUCCACUUUGGAUGCUAGCGCACACCACUCGCUUCACACAGGUGGGCUGGUGGGUCUUGCCCCUUCAAUCCGGAGCAACUGGUCAUUUGAAGAGAGGUGGCACCUUCGUUACAUACCUCUCACCUGAUCGGAACAGCUUUACUCUUGUGGUUGAGAAGCUCCAGGCACGCUGUCAGAGCUGUGCUGGUGCCACCACCGGGUCCGAAGAAGUGGUCUUCACCUUGUCAGAUGGCCUGAUGGAGUCGUUGAAGCUGGAUGCUGGCAACGAAAGUAAUGAAACAGAUCAGGAGGAGGUGCCGGUGAUCGACACAUCGGAAAUUCUGACGGAUGACUCCUCCAAUGAGAGUGACUCAGAGUCAGAGAACGUAAGCAAUGCCAGCAAUGAGACGAUGAAGGCAGAGGUGCCUCUAGUGGGUGGCCUGGCCUUCUUUGUGACCAACAAGAGCCACAAACUCUUCCAGCUUCCCCCUUUGGUGGUUGACCCGACUGGGAGUUUCAGCUUUGUGGUGCAGCCGGACACCAUCUACACCAUCACUUCCAUGAACCUCACCUGGACAAACCUCACCUGGACCGAGCGGAUGGAUGCUGCGAAUCAGAGCUCACAGGUUUCCACAUCUUCCUUUCCUGUACCUUAUCAUGAUGACUUCGACAUGUAUGUCCCUGAAGAAACACCUGGAUACUUUGCUGACUACGGUGGAUCCUUUGAAGUGUCAGAGGAUCCAUCGUAUUCGCCAAAUCUGGUGUUGAAACAAGUGCUAUUGGAGAAAGCCGGGGCCAAUCGAUGGACUUCGGCUUCUGAUCCCAUCACAUUGAUUGGUCACAGGUUGGCCAAUGUUGCCGCAACGGUCGACGUGUACAUUCCAGAUGCGCCGAUUGCCUUUCAGGAGCCGAUCAGAUUGGGAAUUCAGGCGGCGUGGAAUGGGCAUUGCCUUUCGACACGCGCACUGGUGAGUUGCAGGUGA